GUCGGCGAGUCUGUCUUUUUCAACUCUGUUCUGGCACCCAAGGGCUCGCGAGCAAAGUGGCAUGCGACACAGGUUUGGAAGGAGACGGACUGUGCCGCUGUGAGACUUAACAGCUGCAGGACCUCUGCAAAUCAGACUUCCAGCCUGACCACCUCUUGCGGCGAAAAGACACAGAAGCUGCGGGCAAGAAAUGAGGAAAAGAAGGCGGCAGGCUCAGACAAUUCCCUCUCCAGCCUAGCCAGCCUCAGCGACAGUUUGGGGGAUUCGGAUUCCGGUGUCCAGGAGAAUGCGCCCACCAGAUCUGAAGUUUUCCCGGCGGAUGGAAAACAGUGCACCGAUCAGGACUCUGAGCCAGAAGAGGAGGAGGAGGCAGCGUUAAUGGUCGGGUCACAGCAGGGGCUACUGCCGACAGUGGAAGACGACGACAACGCCAGCACGAAUUCAAAUUUAAAUACAAUGUCCGACAUACCAAGCAUAACAGCUGCCACAGUUGACGGAGAAGAGAAGGAACACGAGACGCUUUACAACAGCCCGACUGAGCGGCGUUACUCUAAUGUCAUUCGCUUUCUUAAGCCGCAGCUCAGCUGUGGUCACCUAGUUGACAGCGGUACGCAGACAUAUUUUACUGGUCCUGUCAUGGCGACGCAGGUCUACCAUGACGAGACUGUUUAA